CAAAAAGGCCAAUAGGGCGACGAUGGAAACAAAUUAAAUUAGAUUGUUUGCAGUGUUAAAAAUGUUAGUGUGAUGGGUUUGUGUUAAGAUCUGACAUGUGAUCCGUCAAAGGAUUCUUUGUUCAACACCGACGACAUAUAAUAAGUGAUGAAACAAGUCCAAAGGCCUUGUCACUCUUGAUGCGAGAAAGGAUCCGGUAGUGGCGCACAGAAGGACCAUUUUACAUCGAAAAGCUCGCGCCGUGCACAGCAUUAGUUUCUGUCAUUUGAUUUGGUUAGCAGCUGUGGUAUCAGAAAAAUGUCUAUAGGAUUGUUUUUCAUGUUAAUCUCUUUCUUGUGACAGACAAUUCCUUGGUGAACACACAGGCUCACACAAUGUCCAAACGACUGCAAGGACUAUGGCUAUUACUUGUCGCUUUCACAGUAUUCCAAACGACUCUUUCGUUAGAUUUCAAAUAUUACAGCUAUAACGAGAUGUAUGCAACUGUUAGGAACAUCACUUCUGGCUGCAAAGAGAUUUCCCGUGUUUACACAAUAGGAAAGACAGUGCAAGGUAGAGAUUUGGUUGUCGUAGAAUUCAGCGACAAUCCUGGCAAACAUGAGAUUUUGGAACCAGAAUUUAAGUAUGUUGGCAAUAUGCACGGAAAUGAAGUAAUUGGGAAAGAACUACUGCUUCAUUUGGUUAAUGAAAUCUGCACAACUUACAAAAGAAAUAGUACUAUCAUGAACUUGGUUAGAAACACUCGCAUACACAUUUUGAUAACAAUGAAUCCAGAUGGCUUCAUGGCUGCAAAAGAAGGCAUGUGUGUCGGUGUUACUGGGCGCCCAAACGCAAACGGAUUUGACCUUAACAGGAAUUUCCCGGAUCCGUUUUACAGUCGAACGUACCCGAUACAGCCCGAAACAGAAGCAAUUAUGAAAUGGCUCAAGGCAUACCCAUUCGUCUUGUCUGCAAACCUUCAUGGUGGCGCCAUAGUUGCCAACUACCCUUACGAUAACUAUCGAAAUGGCAAAGGUACCUCCGGUUUUUAUGCGAAGAGUCCGGACGAUACAUUUUAUAGACAUAUUUCAACUGUCUACGCCGAACACAAUGCCAGAAUGCGCAGUGGAACUGCAUGCUCUGGCGACAAUUUCCCAGGAGGCAUAACAAAUGGCGCUCAUUGGUACUCACUUGCCGGUGGAAUGCAAGAUUACAACUACCGCUAUACCAAUUGUUUUGAAAUCACACUGGAGCUGAGCUGCUGCAAAUACCCGUCUAACACAACGCUCAAAACGUUCUGGGACGAAAAUAAGGAAUCACUCAUUGCCUACAUGCAGCAGGUUCACUCUGGAGUUAAAGGAUUGGUUACUAAAAAUAACGUUACAUUGGAAAACGCUGUAGUCAGAGUUACGAAAAUUGAUAAAACAGUGAACACAACCAAAGAUGGCGAGUAUUGGAGGCUAUUACCUCCAGGCAGAUAUGAAAUGUCUGUUGAAAACUGUGUUAAAAUGGUAACAGUUCGAAAGGGGCAGGUAGCAAGGCUUGAUUUUGAGUUGGCCCAGUGUUCCACUAACGGAGUUGUCACGCUUGCCAAAGGUAGUGCCCCAUUUUCGCUUGGUACAAUUUUGGUCACGGUAUACCGGCUGCUUCUCUGAUAGAUUUACAGAAAGAAUGAGCAGCUCAUGAUGUCUAGCUUCUUACUUGUUCUGCAGACGAUCUUUUGGAAUUCGUAUCACUUAUUGUUAAUAAAAACUAUGUACAUGAUUAGAAUUGUAAAGAUUAUCGUUGAACGAUAUUUUAUGAUUUAUUCACAAUGAAUAGAAUGAGGUUUCCAUUAAACGGUUUACACAACCUUAUUCUAUGAUUUUUCCACUGAAACCUCAAAAUAACCUUAAUUUGAUUACUGUUGACAUUGAUUUGAAAAUUCCAGUAGGAGAGCUAAAUCCCUACACGGGUUUUUUAAUUUUACAAGAGAGACUUUUAAUAUAUUUCAAAACAAAGACAUUUUGGUUGAAUUAGUUUAUUAUCAGUUCAAGUUAUAAAUCGUGUCACAUUCUUCAUUUGCUUAUCUCCUGUGGUAAGUGAUGUUCGGCUCCUUUUUUAUUUGUUCUUGACUUGGUCGCAUAUAUUUUUCUCAUGUCCUUAAUAUUGUUGUAUCUAGUUGGAAAAUCAUUGGAAGUAGAUCAGAUGUAUCUAUAUCGAAAUUGCACUAUAAUAUGAGCUGAACAUUGCUUUCAACAAAAUUGAUUUUAGGAAAUGUAUAUCAAAAUAUUUGUCGAUUAAUUUUUAGUAGUUUGUCUUUUUUUAAUUUUUUUAUUAUACAUGAUAAAAGUGAGAUGAUUUUUUAUGCCUUCAAAAAAAGGUUUAACUUACUUUGUAGAAGCAUUUUUUUAGUUUUUUAAACAAAAUUUUGAGAAAUUUGAUGGAUUUGAUUGGAAUGCCUUUAUAAUGUUAUUUUUUUCAUUAUAGUUUUCUUCCCUAUAUCAGAAGACUUCAGUUAUCAAAUAAACAUCAAAUUAAAAUCAAAUGUGAAAUAAUUUAACAAAUUCUGUCAAAAGAUUAAUCCUCAAGCACAGCAUAGCGCAGUACAGAGCAAACUCGUACACCACAAUACAUUACAGCACACUAAAGUGCCGUACCGCAUCAUAAGACAAAGAACGUUAGAGAACCUUGCAGAACGAUAACACACAGUAUGGUACAGAAAAAAAAACGUUCAUUAGAGUAAAGUACGAUAAAGUACAGUAUCAUAAGAUACCGUACGGUAAUGUGGAUACAGUACCAUAAGUACAGUACAAUAAGGUACAGUAUGUUACAGCACCAAACAGGAAGAUAACGUACAGUAAAUUCAAAACGAGAAAUUUACACUACAGUACAGUACGAUAACGUGAAUUACGAUACCGUACAACAUCAUGUAGUUUGGUACAGCACGACAAAGUAUAGGACAGUGCAGAACAGUAAGGUACAAUGCAGUGUAGUAUGACGACUUAUAGUGCGGUACAGUAGGAUGAUGUGAAGUUCAUGCAGAAUGAUAACGCACAGAACGAAAACAGGACCAUAAGCGAAGAUAACGUACAGUAACAGUAUGGUACAAAACGAAAAACGUUCACUACAGUAGAGUACGAUAAAGUAUAGUGCGAUACCGAACAAUAUCAUGUAGUUUGGUACAGUACGACAAAGUUUAGGACAGUACAGAACAGUAAGGUACAAUACGAUGCAAUAUGAUGAUGUAUAAUGUGGUGCAGUAGGAUGACGUGCAGUCCACUCAGAGCAGUCACACAGAACUGUACAAAACGAGAUAGAUUCAUUACGGAAUUACAGUUCCAUAAGGUGCAGCACCGUACAAGACAAUAAUAUUUAGUACAGUAUGGUAGGAUAAUGUGCAGUGCGGUACAGAGCAAUAACAUGCAGUACCAUAAGGUACGUAAUAGUUACAGUUCGAUACAAUAUGAUAACGUAUAAUAUGAUACAGUAGGAUGAGUUGCAGUACGCUACAAAAAACGAUAACACACAUUACGGUUAGAACGAAAAACUUUUAGUAUGGUAAGUGCUAUACCACAAAGAAGAGUAUGAUCGGCAUAGCAUCACUGUCGAUCAACGUUGGUCGAAUUUUGAUGCACAAAUUGUAACCGAAUUGUCGAUCAAGCUAACCGCUAGAUAUCUACUAUUUAUUCAGUAGAAUCUGGGUUUCACAUGAAACGCCAUCGGUGUUGUUCCUGAAAGUAAUGGAUAUAUUUUAUCAACUCCGUUAUUUUGAAAGUUAGCAAUUUGGAUAAGUAAGACACCCUCUUUUUGCUCAUUGUCUUUCGGAAUGUUUACUGAGAUUAUCAAGAAGCAACUGCUCUCCAGUCUCAGAUUUUCCAAAAACAAAAGAUUGCUUAUCUUUAUGCUUUUCAACAAUCGAGCGUGCUACUUUGAAUGUUACACUACCCUGUCCCAAAUCAAAGGACUGGUUAUCACUUUAACUUUGUAACCUGCAGUAUCCACUCUCUUCCUCUCAUACACACAUAAAUUAGAAAUGGAGGCCAGUCAUCACCUGCGCUCGCUAAAGCCCUGGCAAAACGACUAAACAUUUCAUUAAACAUUUCAAUAAACUUUUGUUUAGCCAAAAGUUUAGUGAAAGGUUUAGACGUUUUGCCACCCUGUUUAGUGUUGCUUAGUCGUGUUGAGUGUUGUUGAGCAAAGUUCGAUACUGGUCAAGAAUGUUUAGCGUUGUUUAGUGCUGUUUAGCAAAUGUUUAGUCGUUUUGCCACCAAUUAAACAUUUGUUAUGACCGCGCAGGCGCUCUAGCUGUGGAAAUCCAAAGGUUUUCGUCGGUUUUCGUUGGUUUUCCUGUCUCUACGUGACCCAAAAAGCCUUUAUGAGACAUCUGCAUAUCUCGUUGUACGCAACUGUGUCAUCUUCAACAGUCAACUUUGUUGUCAAUGUGCUAAAAAGUCUUUUCUCUUCCCGUCGCUUCAUCCAAUUCUUAUUUUUAUCCACUGCUUGUGCAUGCAAAAAAUAAACCAAAAGCAAAUUCCUAUGCAAGAUCCCCUACAACCACCCAACAGCGUCAUAGACAGCUCGCAGUUCAAGAAGGUUGAGUGAAGUUUAGUGGAAAAUUUAGUCACGUUUUGCCACCCUCGCUAAACUUCGCUCAACUUCACUAAACAAAAGUUGAGUGAAAUGUUUAGUGAGAGGUUUAGUCGUUUUGUCAGGGCUUAACACGCAGCCAAAGUGAUAUCAUGUGACACAUAUGAGUCAUUGCCAAGACUACUUGUAGCGCAUGUGCAAGUGGUUUAUGAUGAAACUGCUGUACCGCAGCGUAGUUGUGCUUAAGAUGAUAAGGUGAUGAACGUUGACACAGUAACUUUCCUCGAGUUGAUUCGUUUUGCAAAAGGACCCUUGCAUAAAACCAGGGUACUUGUAAGUCAAAAUGAGCAAAUAAAAUAGACUGAGUUCUAUCAGAACCUUUCUUCGAUCCAAGAUUAAAACAAUAUCAAGGUAAAAUACAGCAAAAUGUUAGCAUUAGUAAAAUUUCAAAAUCAUAAAAUCCCAAGCAUUACGAUAACUUGCACUAACAGUUUGAUAAUGUAAUUGCAUUUAGAAUAGUCUAUAAACAUGAAAAUUACAUUAUUUAAAAACUCAUGCUGCAAAAGUUUAAACAAGAAUGGCGCAUCUAGAAAGCAAAGUUUCUUGUUUUUUUAUCCACCAAACAGCUGAAUAAGAAUUACUGGAACUUGCCAUUUGCAGUUGCUAGGAAAUUUAGGAUAACUACUAGGAACUAGAGAAUAGAAACUUUUACAACAAAGAUUGUUAAUAUCUCUCAACAGCAACCUCUGCAUAAGAACACAACAAGAUUAGUAACUACAAAAGAAGUCGUACACUAAUUUUUUUAUAAGAAACAGUUAUGAUGUCAUGAAUAAUGUUAUGAGAUGUUAGUGACCUUUUUUAUCACGUCGAAAUUCGCUUCCGUUCUGAUGUUGUAUUUAGAUAUGGGAAGUGUAUUUUUAUCCCCUGUGUCCUAAGUUCUACGCCAACAGGAAAAUCAUGUUCUUGGAUUUUUCAAAAUUUUCUCAGUUUUAUCACGAUUUAAUAGUUUCUUAUUUUUUUGCUUCGAGUACUGAAGUUUCUUAAUUUUUUCUGACUGUUCGGUACUUGUUUCUCAAAACUAUUUUCUUAUAAAAAAUGAGUGUAUUAGAAAGAUAAAUAAGAUAUUUAUCUGCCAACUGCAUUUGCUUCAAUACUUCAGUAAUACUUGCUUUACUAGCUGAAAUAGAUGAGUGAAGUGGUGUUUUCGUGUGUGAGUGUACGCUUGAUCCUUCGCUAUUCUAUUUGGUGACAGUUCUAGAAUCUUUUUGAACGAAACUUUUGCUGACUGACCAGUACUCAUUUCUUAUAGCCAGUUUCUUAUAAAAUAAAUGAGUGUAACAAGCAACUUUUCAAACUUUAUUUUGAACACCGUAAACGUUGGCAAAUACAAAAGGAAAUGUUGAGUCGUCCUCAUGUAUCCGUGGUAGCAGAUUCCUUCAAGACCAAGAUAUCUUUGUUAUUUUCUGAAUCCAACUUAAAUAGCUGGUUGACGGUUUCCAAUGUCUCGCGAUCCUUGGUUUCGGCCAAAACAAGAAGCAGAACGGAGCUUAAAAGAGACAGUGCACCCAUCAGGGAAAACGGUAACAUGACGUGGAAGACUCUCAACCAUUUUGCAAUCCAGGGAGCCAGUGCCGAACCAACACGAGCUGUUAUUUGUAAGAAGCCCAUUCCUUCACCCCUGAAAUAGAAGGCAAUAUCUUUUAGAGAAACCAGUGAUAGAGGUAUGAGUACUGGUUGUUUUGGAGUUGCCGUUGAAUGUAUUUUUCGGUGUAAGAUGCUAGAGUGGAAAGUAGGGCAUUCACUGCAUUCGUUUCUGUCUGGGCAGGGAGGGUGAAGAUCGAAGAUUCAAGACUUGGUUUCAUGUAGAAAUGACAAAUUAAACCCCAGAAUUCUUUACAAAUAGGCAGCUGUACCCCCAACAUACUUUGGCGUCCAAAGAAACAAAAAGAAUUUUAUAAGUGGGGGGGGGGGAGAGAAAAUGCAGGCAAAUAAAGGGUACCUCUUUUAUGAAAGGUAACAGGCGAAGGGCCUUCACAGUGGCGGAUUUAAGGGGGCAACUAGGGGCAGUUGCCCCUUCCUUGACGAGUUGCAGCAAAUCUGGCUCUCCUUUUUUGGAAAUUGUGGGCCCCUUUUGAAGAAUGCGAAUCAGGUGAAAAGGGUUCUGAGAUCGCUGGGUUAAUUUGUUUCAAGGAUUACCUUAAAGUUAUGUUGUUUAUUCCAAAAUGGACCUGAAAUUGUUGUAUACAGCGUACUCUUGUCACUAAUUCUUGAAAAUUUGUCAGCGCCCCCACUACCAACUGCCCCUCCUUCAAGUUUGCUCUGGAUCCGCCCCUGGGCCUUCAGGUCCCUAUUUCUCAGUUUACAACAUGUUUGUUAAAAUCUUGGCAAAGUGGGGUUGCUUUGCCUUUUCACCCGUAUAGUUGCAAAGAUACCUGGGGUGUCUAUAAAUUUAUUUUUUUAAAAACGUACGCCUAACUAGGCAAAAUUUCUUAAUUUACAAGAUCGUCUGCUAUCAAACUCUAUCUCUGCUUGAAAGUGCUUUCUAUUUCCAUUUUUGCCACAUGGCCUAAAAGUCAAUCUAGCGAUAUUGAUACCAAAUGCUAGUUCCUAUCAUGCAGUAGGCAGCAACGUUGUUUUUCCUUCAUUACUAACGACCCAUUUAAGAAACUGUGAAGGAAUAAACAUAUUUUACGCACCUGAUGGACGUUGGGUACAAUUCCAAAGACCAGACGUAUAUGGAGUUAAAGGACCACGUGAUCCAGAACUUCCCUAGCAAGCCUGCUGUUACUGUAAGAGCUUUCCACUCUUAAAUGAAGAAUCAAAAUGUAUAUUAUUAAAGACCUUUGAAUUAUUUUAGACAAAUCGUUUUUGCUGAGCGUCAAGAGAAGCUCAAGUUUCGAGUAAAAUUUUAAAUUUGUUUCAAGGCAGAAAUUUCUGCGUUAUUCAACUAUCGUUUGCAAUGCAGCCAAAAGUUUAAUGUUGCAUUUUAUUUUUUUCAAGUAGUGUAGAAAAAUAGAUAGGAAAACAAAAUCCAAAGGUACCAACUUUUUUGUUUGUUAUCUGCACUCAUCAUUCCUCCAACAAUACAACAGAAUAUUCCUGCAAGUGUUAAAGAAACGACCACAGAUUUCUUCCUUCCAAUUCUAGAAAAAAAUUGCUAUCAGUUCAAAUUUGAGGUUCCAUUGGUAUCUAAAAAUGAUUAUAGCAUUUUCCAGUAAGUGUGUUGUAAUUAUACACCUAACCGUUUUUGCAAACAAGGGGCUAUGAAUGAACACUCUCUAUAUCCUUUCCCCCUCCAAUACUUUAGAACCGACAUAUAAUAAAGUGAUCCCCUCGAAACACAAAGACUAGCAUAUCCCCGUGAGUCCCAGAAAAUCAAGUCUACCCGUUGAUAGAAGCUCUCUAGAAUAUUAAAGGUGAACUGACACGCAAAAUUAACUUGACCUCAAAUGAAAGCAUAUCGAGCAUAAAUGCCUGAUACAUUAUUAUUUUUUUAAUAUUCAACACAGUUUUCGAGUUAUUGAGCGUCAAAGUUAGCCACCGAACAUUUUCCGAGCACGGACGAGUUUGCCCGAGCCUUCCGCAUAGUCGUGAUGUCACAAACACCAUGUUCACAUCACUUGAACAACACGGCAGUCUGGAAGGCGGUACUUUCAUGACUUUGCAGAUGAGCAUCGAUACAUUAAUUGAGUAGGUUUUGGCUCCAUUUCGACAACCUAAUUGGAAAACAGAUUAUGACUCCUUUACGAACCUUUCAUAAUAAGGUUUGCAAGAAUAUCGUAUUAUUCAACGCGUUUGAGGCCCUUCCUCCGUCUUGCAGGACCCAGUGUGUGGCGGGCCAACAUAUCGUAUAAUGGUAGCGAUAAAUAUAUUGACAGGAUUUUUAUUUUCUGGAAACCUAAGUAAAAUACUUUUAUUUUGUUUAAUACGGCUGCUGUUAGACUAAUUUAUCAGCAGCACCCCCCCCCCCCCAAGUUAAUUUCGGUCUUUGAUCCUGGUUAUCUUCAAAUACGCAGUAAAGAUUUAGUAAAGAUUUUGAAUUUAAGUCACUCAUUUUCGUUUUUUUUAUUCAAUCACAUGAAGAAUUUUCAGGGGUUAAGAACCUGGUACGAUCGAGUCGCUAUUUGCAGGAAAACAACUUAGUAAAAUUUUCAACUCCCAGGCCGCUGCACUCCUAUAACUCGGGUGAACCGAUGAGUUUGCAAACCCAAAAUAAAAUGACGUUCAUGAUUUAUAUGGAUGUAGAAAUAAUCUAUCGAAGUAAUAAUAUAUUGAAUUUAUUCGAAAAAGAAGCUAGAUUCAUGACAAAAUGAUAAGAUUCUUACAUUCGUCCGCAUGAUUGACUUCAGAAUUGAGAAUUUCUUCGAGCAGCUAAAAAUGCCUAUUCCUUCCAAACUUCAAUUCCAUCCUAACAUAACGCAGUACCAGCCAGCACAUAUCCUUCAUAUAUUUCAUUAGCAUCGAAUUUUCAUUAUCUUGGAUCAAAGGCUACGUAGAUCUCCUCGAAUAGUAACUGAACAAGAUGAACUGAACUGUCCAGUCCGUGCGUGAUUUCCAUUCAAGGGAUAAAAACAUGGUGUUUGUGACGUCACACGCACUGGGAAACAUGAAAUGCCGACAAUGGUCGAACACUCGACGAUAAUUUCAUGACAUUUAGAGCGGAAUUGCGUCAAAACGGACAAUAAUAAUUAACCGAAAACUUGAAAUUAAGAUUCCAUGCAUCGUUUUCUACAUUAUAUCAAAAAGUAGUUUUGCCUGUCAGUUCACCUUUAAGGCACACAUGUUUAUGAACCCCUCCAAAACACCAGUCAACAGGACCAACAUAUUCACAGAGACCCUCCAAGACAUUGGAGACUGCAUGCGCACAAAAGCCCUUCAAAACCAGUACCUGCAUUGCAUUUUGACUGGGGUUCUCAAAACACUGGGAUCUACAAUACCUUUUCCAGAGGAAGAAAUGUUGUUUUACUGGACCUUGAGAACUGACAUAGAUGUUUGAAGACUUUUGACAGGGAUUUUAGAUACUCAAGGAUACACAGAAGUCCUCCAAGACAAAAGUUCACUUCCUCUAGACCACAACAAGUGUGAACAGUAAAUUAUAGCUAAAAAAUUGAUGAUCAGAUGGCAAAGAUUUUUUCGAUUCAUUUUUGAAGAGAAUGAGGUGUUACCUGUUCAUGCAUAAAACUGAUAGUAGCAAAGCAGGAAUUUCAAUCAACAUUGCCAAGAUAAAAUCCCGGUACAUUUCACCACUAAGAUCACUAACUCCCAAUGAGACACCGUAGUAAACGGCUGCAUUGGCACACCUAUUAAUAUAAAACAGAAAUGUGUUAUUUUUCAGUCAUAUAGCAAAGUUAGAAUUGAUAUAGAAUCAAAAUUUGUCACACUGGGGUUUGCUGGCGUACUGUGGUAUAAUAUUCAGACUGGGGCAUACUACCCAUUUUAGGGCAUACUAGCCACAAUGGAGUUACUAGGCACACUGGAUAAGCGCAAAAUAGAUUUUUACUGGAAAGACAUACCAUGCGACACCUUGAACAGCAGAAAAAUGAAACAUCUUCAGGGGCCUAAAUAAAUCAAGGAUUCCGUGCUUUUUCUCAUCAACAUCUGCCUUUGGUAGUGGCUCAAGCUCUAGUUCGGCUGGGAGAGUCUUUUUGUUUAUUUUUGCUGCCUUCUUUAGAAUAUCAAUCACUUCUUUGUGGCGUCCCUGGAAGCGAAGCCAACGCAUCGAUUCUGGUAUGAAA